UUUCUUCUUUCCUUUUAUCUGAAUAAAUCUCCACUUUCAAUAGCCAUUCAUAUAUUGAUUGAACUCCGUUCUAUUGUAUUACCAUGAUGCUCUUCCAAAGAAAUACAGAUUCUGGAUCGAUACGCAACUUUUAUGUAAGCACAGGCUCAAGUGGUCAAGAGAAACCAGUUGCUUAUGGACCAGGAUCAAUUAUCAACGGUUCACUCAUGAUUACGUUGGAUAAGCCUUUACCUGCGUAUAACAUACGUGUUAUAUUCAAAUGUGAGGAAUUAGAUAGUUCAAAAAAGGAAAAUACGACUAUUUUUGCUGUGGAUAGUGUUAUUUGGGGCCAUGCUAGAAAGGAUUCUAAAAUGUGCCAAUUAGAAUCACAAGAAUUGGCAAGUGGUAGUCAUAUGUAUUUGUUUGCUAUUCGUCUGCCACAAGUGAAUUAUCCACCUUCCAUGCAUGUCUCUCAUUUUGGUCAUCGUAUCAAUUAUACGCUACAAGGCGUGAUUGAGUUGGUUUCUGAAGGACCUCAUUAUACAUCCACCUUGCCAAUCAUUUACUUGCCUUUGGUCACUACUUCAGUCACUCACGUAUCAAGAAAGACACAAGUCUAUCAAAAGAAUCAAGACAGGAUUGAAAUAACAGCAGAAUUAAUCAAACCUGCUUAUUGCCCAGGCGAUCUUUGUACUCUUAAAAUGAUGACCAAGAACAAGUCUGAUAUCAAAAUCACUCAGGUUCAGAUACAGUUCAAUGCGAUUGCAACCACACUUGCACCCACGAGUGCAGUGGAAUACAUCCAUAAACAACAAACACUGCUUACAGAAACCUUUUAUGUUUCGAUUGCUAAACACACCACUGACCAUCAAGAUGUCUUCCAGUUCAUUAUUCCUUCUCAUCUAGUCCCUACCUUUACAAACAAAAUGGGCAGGUAUAUCGACAUUGCUUAUGAAGUUGUAUUGAUUGUCCCAUUGAAUCCAACUUCAACUGGCUUAUUUGGUACUCAAUCCAUCACAAACACAAUUUCAUUGCCUAUGAUUAUUGCUACUGUCCCACCCGCUUAUCCAAUUGACAUUCAAGUGCAUGAACCACUUCAAGAAGAACUGCCUUUCUUUAUUCCCAACAUUGAAUCCCCCAUGCCUAGUCCAGUGACUUAUCCAGCAGACCGUGCUUAUUCUGUAUCUCCCUCUAACUCUUUUCAAAUGAUGUUCAAUGACGAUGAUGAUGUGAUGAUUGAUGAUGAUUUCGCUCUUAGUAGUCAUAUUUCAGAUGCUUCAGGUCAUUUGCUUGUGCCUGAUUCAACAAGGCGUAAAUCUUCUUCUUCAUGAUAUACAUAUAUAUAUAUAUAUAUAUUUCUUUUAUUUAUAAAUCAGCCAUUUUCUUUUCAAUAGCA